AUGCCACCCAAGGCAGCCGGCCGAUGCUUUUACGAAGAUCGUCAUCGGCGCCGGUGUAGGGUUAAUUGCUCUGUUCAUAGGGAUUUCUUGGUUGUACUUAAUGUACCAGAAAAGGAAAGUCUUGAAAUUAAAGCAGAAGUUUUUUCACAGAACGGAGGCAUCAUUCUGAGACAACAACUCUCCACAAAAGAAGACUCAUCUCAGACCACUACAAUUUUCAGUGCAGAACAACUUAAGAAAGCCACCAACAAUUUUGAUGAGAGCUUAAUCAUAGGUAAAGGAGGUUAUGGUACAGUUUUCAAAGGAUUUCUCUCCAACAACAAAGUUGUAGCAAUCAAAAAGUCCAAAAUAGUGGAUCAGAGCCAGGUGGAACAAUUCAUUAAUGAGGUCAUUAUAUUGUCACAGAUUAAUCACAGGAAUGUGGUCAAACUCUUAGGAUGUUGUCUGGAAACAGAAGUUCCUUUACUAGUCUAUGAAUUUGUUAACAAUGGCACCCUUUUUGAUUAUUUACAUAAGCAAGGUCAGGGAGUAAAUGUGUCAUGGAAAACACGUCUAAGGAUAGCUACAGAAGCAGCCGCAGCUCUAUCAUAUUUGCACUCAGCAGCUUCCAUACCCAUCAUCCACAGAGAUGUGAAGACUGCUAACAUACUCUUAGAUGACACUUACACUGCCAAAGUUUCUGACUUUGGAGCUUCAAGAUUGGUUCCACUUGACCAAACUGAAAUAGCCACAAUUGUGCAAGGAACCUUUGGGUAUUUAGACCCAGAAUACAUGCAAUCAAGCCAGUUGACUGAAAAGAGUGAUGUCUAUAGCUUUGGGGUGGUUCUUGUAGAGUUGCUAACGGGGGAGAAACCUUUCUCUUUUGACAGGGCAGAAGAGAAAAGAAGUCUUACAACUCACUUUCUAUGUAGAUUGAAAGAGGAUCGUCUGUUUGAUGUUCUUCAGGUAGGACUUUUGGAUGAAGAAAACCAGCAGGAGAUUAUGCAGGUUUCUAUUCUUGCUGCUAGAUGCCUGAGACUUACAGGGGAGGAAAGACCUGCCAUGAAGGAAUUGACAAUGGAAUUAGAAGGAAUAAAGCUUACAAAGAAACAGCCUUGGAUCAAUGCGGGAAGGAACUUUGAGGAGAGUGAAUACUUGCUUUAUGAGGCACAAAGCUCUUAUGAACAUGGUGAUAGUAGUAGUGGCCAACAAAAUACUGGAUAUGAUACCUUGAGAGAACUUGAACUAAUUGACUUUGGUAAUGGAAGAUAAUGUUAUUGUAAUUUG